AUGGAACGUUCAAGUAGCCGACAGGACCUGAUGCAGAUCACCGCGCUGGAUAGGGGCGACAAGCUCUCUGCUGCAGAGAUCUGGGCUGCUGUCGCGGAACUGCGGGACUUGCAGCGUCCGCUGUGCUUCGGACUCUUUCAACUCGUGGGACGCUUCACCUUCGCCUGCUACUCCGAUGCCUCCGGGGUGAUGACGCUUCAAGAGUUCCACUGUGCGGUGCAUAAGAUGGUGGCUGAGUUGCAGAGUUCCACGGGCUUGCGUCGAGGCUUCGAAGCCGCAAAGUGUCCAGGCCGCCAAGCGUCGAAGAUUCGAGGCGUGGAGGCGUCGAGGCUUCGAGGCGUGGAGGCAUUAGGCGCUGAGGUGUGGAGAUGCGUGGAGGGGCGAUCCACGAUUGUGGCCUUGCAAUGGGGCUACGUUUUCAACGGCGUUUUUCGAUUUCGUGCCGUUUUGGCUUGGGCCCUAAAGGCGGCGCAACAAAUCGAAAUUCGACGUUGCAAGGUCCAAGGUCUGAAGCGAAGACGCGUGCAAGCUCUUCCUUUGCGAGGUGGACCAGUCCAGACACUGCGGGAACGAGGCCGGCGCGCCAACGGCUGUGGUCCCAAAAUGGCCACGAAAGACGAGUCUUGGUCGAACACGGAAGCUUCGAGAAGCCAUGGGCAGGCGCGGCAAGGAUGGCAUCAGCCACACCGAAAGGCAAAGGGUUGGCCCUCGAGCGGUGGCGCUGCAGGAAUGGUUCCACGCAGACAUCCUCCGUCCCUCUACCCCGGGGCCGACGGCAGCGCGUUCGUGCGGCGCGGUGGGGCGACGUGCGACGGCGAGCUGUUGAGCCUGGACGGCCUUGGCUCGCGGCUGACGGCGCACAACCAUGAGGCCUGCAACAGGCCGGGUGUCUGGCUGAGCACGCUGGCAGGUUCCGUGCGGGAGGAGGCGACGGCGCUGCCAUACGUCGCGACAGACGUGGAACGCGCGGGCCUUCCGCACUUGGCGGAAGCGUUCGCAGCGGAGCUGCGGGCGGCCUGCCAAGUUCUCGACGCGACCCAGCAGCACCCGAGCACCGACACGGAGGUGCGCCACGCGGUGACGCUGCUCCUCGCGCGCCUCAACGACCCGGCGAAUGUGGGGCCCUGCAGGCAGCGGACGGCGCUCUUUGCAGCGAAGGCGUACGCGUACGCCAUGCAAGCGCUGGAGGCACGGGCAUGUGACCGCGGGACACGCGUGGAGGCGUCGAGGUGCCGAGGCGUGGAGAUGCGUGGAGGCUUCGGCUUUGAGGUCGACCUGGCCUUGGAAAUUCACAGCCACGUGGUCGUGGCGAUCGGCGCGGGCCAUGCCAGGAGCUCGCCCGUGGCCCGGGCGAAAGCCGUCCGAGAGCUCAGCUCCUUGAUGGUCCCUGGUCUUUUCCGGGUCCUGGACUUUGAUGCGUCGGGCGACAUCGGAACUCAUGAGUUCCUCCGUGGGGCGCUUUUGCUCCUGGCCACGGUACAAGGCGCCCCACUCGACACUCCCCAGCUGGCAGAGCUGGCGUUCCGCCUGGCGGACAGCGAUGGGGACGGCUACGUCACGGCGCUGGAGCUGGGACGAUGGGAACCGCGAGGGCCCUUUGGGCUCUUCGGGGAGCGGCGCUUGGAGCCCGCGCAGCUGGCGGCGAAGUGGUUGCGGGAAGCGGACGCUUGGGCACCCCAAAAGCCCACAGGGUGUGUGAUGGGUGGGAGCCAUGAACGCGACACUGGGGCAGACUUGGACCGCGAUGGCAAGCUGCUGCCCGACGAGUUUCGCGUCUUGGCGCCCCGACUGCGCCUGCACCGCGUGAUCUCCAGCAUGGCGCAGUGCUUUGCUGCGCAGAUGCCCAGUGAGUGA